UCAACUUGACAUAGUUAAUUCAUAUAUCUCACAUGGCUAACCCAACCAUUUGAGCUCAUCUUCAUCCUCUUCCCACAAACCUCCAACCCUCAACAGAUUCAAACAAACCCUUUUCUUUUACCAAAGCAUCAUUAGCCUCAAGAGCCUCUCACAUAUCAUGCACGAUACGUGAUCGAAACGAAAACGUAUCAAGUAUAUCCCGUUUAGAGCAGUGUGUUCGGGAGAUAUUAGGAUCAUAUAAAAAGUGACCACAUAUCACAAAGUUAGAGCUCUCUAACACAUUACCAUGACAAAUCAAAACCCUAUGCAGCCACUUAGACCAAAUAAUCCUUUGAGGCCAGCUUCAUCUAUUUUGCUCGAAAGAAUGAACACAGCUAACGCCGCCGUGAGCCGCCACACCCCCACCCCACGCGACGGCGCGCAAAUCCCGGACUCGGUGGCGCUCUACCACACACACCCCCUGGGCCCCAACCAAUGCUGCUCCGCCGUGAUCAAACACAUCGACGCGCCGCUCGCCACCGUCUGGUCCGUCGUGCGCCGCUUCGACAACCCGCAAGCGUACAAACACUUCCUCCGCAGCUGCCACCUCCUCCUCGGCGACGGCGACGUCGGGACUCUCCGGGAAGUCCACGUCGUCUCCGGCCUCCCCGCCGAGAACAGCACCGAGCGCCUCGAGAUCCUCGACGAGGAACAGCACGUGAUGAGCUUCAGCGUGAUCGGCGGCGAGCACCGCCUCGAGAACUACCGGUCGGUGACGACGCUCCAUCCGGCGGCAUCGGGGAACGGGACGGUGGUCGUGGAGUCCUACGUUGUUGAUGUUCCACCGGGGAACACAAAAGAAGAGACACGUGUCUUUGUCGACACCAUACUUAUCUGUAACCUCAAGUCUCUUGCGAGGAUCGCUCAGAAUCUAAUGCAACGAAACUAAUCUCAUCGGAGCAGUUAAUGACGGUAACAGCAAAAUGUGUUGGUUAAUUUCGUAUUAGUGUUUAAUUAAUCUUGUGAUGAUCUGAGAAAAAACAAAGACAAAAAGAUUAGGUAUGUGUCUGUUGAUGUAAUUAGUAACUAAUGCAUGUUUUAGUUUUAAAAUUUUGUUUCGCUGAGAAUUUUAUGUUUGGUCGCUUUUGGAUUAUUUAUGCAUAUUUUGGAGAUGAUCAACGUCAAGGCUGAAUCAUAUCAAGGUCUCACUCUCAUUUGCUCUC